AUGGCCCCGGCUGCUGACAUGACUUCUUUGCCACUCGGUGUCAAAGUGGAGGACUCCGCCUUCGGCCCGCCGGCGGGGACCGGCGGGGGCCCGCUCCCCAGCGCCGCCAUGGGCGCGGACGAGGAGGGCGCCAAGCCCAAAGCAGCCCCUUCGCUGCUGCCUUUCAGCGUGGAGGCGCUCAUGGCCGACCACAGGAAGCCCGGGGUCAAGGAGAGCGCCCUGGCCGGCCCCGAGGGCGCGCCGGCGGCGGGCAGCUCGGCGCAGCCCCUGGGCGCCCGCGCCGGAUCCCUGGGCGCCGCGGACGCGCCUGCUUCUCCGCGGCCGCUCGGCCCCUUCUCGGUGGGAGGACUUCUCAAGCUGCCCGAAGAGGCGCUCGUCAAAGCCGAGAGCCCCGAGAAGCCCGAGAGAACCCCUUGGAUGCAGAGCCCCCGCUUCUCCCCGCCCCCGGCCAGGCGCCUGAGUCCCCCGGCCUGCACCCUGCGCAAGCACAAGACCAACCGCAAGCCGCGUACGCCCUUCACCACCGCUCAGCUGCUGGCGCUGGAGCGCAAGUUCCGCCAGAAGCAGUACCUGUCCAUCGCCGAGCGCGCCGAGUUCUCUAGCUCGCUCAGUCUCACUGAGACACAGGUGAAGAUCUGGUUCCAGAACCGCCGCGCCAAGGCCAAGAGACUGCAGGAGGCGGAGUUGGAGAAGCUGAAGAUGGCCGCCAAGCCUAUGUUGCCGCCCGCUGCCUUCGGCCUCUCCUUCCCGCUCGGCGGCCCCGCGGCCGUGGCGGCGGCAGCCGGCGCCUCGCUGUACGGAGCCUCCGGCCCCUUCCAGCGUGCCGCGCUGCCAGUGGCUCCGGUGGGACUGUACACGGCCCAUGUAGGCUACAGUAUGUACCACCUGACAUAG